AAGCACGACAGAUGCGAAGCGCGAGACAUGAAAGCUUCAAAGUGUGCGUAGCGUCGUCAGUUGUAUUUUCACAUCGUGCGUGCUUGGUGGUGUGUGUGCGAACAUUUUUUUAUUUACACAUGGUCAGUGUCUACGAUUUUUUUACUUUCUUUCACUCAAAGCGACGCGAACUCUCGACAACCCCACGCUAUUUUGGCCAAAUGAAUUGUUACAAUAGAUAUUAUUUUUUAUAAAAGAUGAUGUACAAGUAAGUUAUUUUUAUACACGAAACUAGAAACACAACAAACAGUACAAAUUGAGCAAGUACAAACUCCCGAAACCUCAGCGAAAAAUCAGGAUUUUACAAUGACAAUAAGCUUAAGUUGAAAGUGUCUCGAGGGUGUUUUCGACGAUGACAAGAUGAGCGAGACUCUGAGCCAAGACCCUGAACUGAACACGGGGUACACGAACUUGGCGCCUUCCUACCCUCCGACUCCUGCGACUCCGAGCUCGACCGUCCAGGAUGGUCCCCCAGGUGCGAAUCUCCCGCCGUUCUCGACGUUCUCCUCGGACAUGGACUCCAACGCGGUUUUCAACACCGCCACCGACCGCCUGUUCAGCGACACCCGCCUCCUAGACAUAUCAAACUGGGAUUAUUACACGGCGGAGGGGCGCCUCCUCGAACGCGGCGAAAACGGGCUUUCGAUCAUCUCCUCGCAACCCCAGUACCGGCCAUGGGAGUCCAAAUCGGUGGACUCCUCCACCGGCUUCACCUCCACCACCCCGGUCAACACCUUCGCCGAUGCCUUCAACCAGAACGGAGUCGUCUCCAAAUUACCGUCAUUCCAGUCACAAUUCCAGACUUUCAACGAACCUGUCACAACAAGUGAACCGACUUUAACCACCCUAACGAACCUCACCCCCGUCUCCCCCAACUCUUCUAGUCCCGGAAGCCACAGUUUAACCCCGUUGAACUCCAACUUUCACACCUUAAGUGCCGUUAACCGGGGCUACCCCCUGGUGCCGGCCCCCAUCCAAGCGCGCGAAAUCCCCUCGAUCCAGCAGCAGUUCCUGGACGAGCGCCACAUCCAGCUCUACGCCCACCCGCCCAACCUCAACAGCACCAUCCACUUCCCGGCCCAGAACGGCACCAUCAUCCAGAACAGCCCCCUGAUCUCGUCCCCGACCGUCGUGACCGUGCUCAAGUCGGAGCCCGACCUCAAGCUGACCACGCUCCAGGACACGGGGCUCAAAAUCCAGAACCUGCCCCAGUUCCAGAACCCCAUGGUCAGUGAUAACGGGAUUUACAACGGACUGGAUAAAAAACUGAACGGUAUAAGUGCUACGAUGAGUUCGCCGACGAGGAACGACUUCCGGAAGAAGGAACGCCGAAAAAUGCGCGCUUCCAGCCUGGAAAGCUCCGCCGAGAGUGACGGCGCUUCCAGCAACUUGGAGAUGGCGGAGAAUUCGGGACAAGUGGCCGCCGUUUCCAGCACGGCCGGGUUUAAGACACAUCACAGUCUUGCUGGAAAUAACGCGGUGGAUAUUGACGAGAUCAGUGGUGGAAAUGUCGAUAAACAAGUCAAGAAGAAGCGGAAACGGUGCGGUGAAUGCAUCGGAUGUCAGAGGAAGGACAAUUGUGGUGACUGUGCCCCGUGUCGAAACGACAAGAGCCACCAGAUCUGCAAGCAGAGGCGAUGCGAAAAGCUCACGGAGAAAAAGAAUCUGUACGGAGAUGCGAGUUACCUUCGUGGAGAGUCAAGACGCGGAAGGGGAAAGGGACGAGGUGCUGGGAGCUACCGCGGAAGGAAGCCCAGCGGGCCGAUCGCCUCGGUUCCUUCAGGAGCCCCGAGCGGCGUCCCCCAGGAGUCCAACGGCAACGUGACGAUAAUCUCCAAUCAACAACAGCCGGCGAGACCCAGUCCCCAGCCCCCGACCGCCACCGUACAGCAAGCCAUUCCCGUCCAACAACAAUCAACAAUGACGCCGAUGCCUUUCUACGCAGAUCCCAACAGGUUCCCCACGCCCGUCUGGCAAGCCGACCCCACGCAAGCUUGGACCCAAGGCCAGUUCAUCCAGCAGAUCCCUGCGGGUACUCAGGCUUUGGAGACGUACCAGCAGUACCCCAACGGCAUCUACCAAGCCACGUACCAGCAGCCCACCUUCGAGACCAACACCUUCUACACCGGUGCGGUCCAAGUGCUCACGCGGCCCCCAAGCGCGCCGAACCAGACCCAAGUCACCCCACGACCCAACUCGAACUACUCCCACACUCCAAGUCCGGCUCCCUCCAACCGGCAGUACCAAGAGUACAACCCGCAGAAUCAAAAUUUCGUGUCGCCCGCCACGACUCCGUCGGGGAACCCCGAAAGCGUGUCCCGGCCCAGUUCGGUGAACUCCACCGCCAGCAAUCAAAACUUCAACCAAAGCGGCGCCAACUUCACGUCGGUGUCCUCGCCCUCCAAUUACGGGAAUUCGGGAAACGCCCAGCCUGGGUAUCCACAAGUGAACAGCAGCCCGCAGCUAGCUUCACACAGCUCUAGUGGAUACCCAGGCAGUGGUCAAUUCAGCGGAACUAGUCAGGAGAUGUGGCAGGAGGAGAGCGUCUGGCAGGAAGAGGCCAAGCCGGAGCAGAACGACCGAGUCAAUCUCAACACUCGGAUCAAAACCAUGAUUUUGAGCAAGCAGCAAGAGAACAGUGAAGAGAAGAAAGUUGAAAAUACCACCGGUCAUUUUUUAUGGUAUAGCCACCAUCAUCGUUUCAUUGUGAACGGUGGUGGUGGCGCCAAACUAACCACAACCAAACCAAAGCAACUCCCAAAAAAACGAUAUUCUAGUCCCUACGAAAACGAAAUUCCUUAUUGUAACUGCGUGAGGGCCGGGCGAGGCGCAGCUGAGCCCGGCACUUUCUACACCCAUCUAGGUUGCGCAAACAACCUGAUCAAUCUGAGACACGAUUUGGAAACCCGGACCGGGGUCAAGGGCAGAGCCAUCCGGAUCGAGAAAAUCAGAUACACCGGAAAGGAGGGCAAGACUGCACAAGGGUGUCCCAUCGCUAAAUGGGUGAUCCGGCGGUCCGGCAGCGACGAAAAAUACCUAAUAAUCGUGAAACACCGCCCGGGCCACUCCUGCCCCUCGGCCUUCAUCGUCGUGUGCAUCGUGAUGUGGGACGGCCUCCCGCAGCCCACCUCCGACGAGCUCUACACCCUCCUCACGUCCAAACUCAACAAAUUCGGACUUGCCAACAGGCGUCGCUGCGCCACCAACGAGUCCAAAACCUGCGCUUGCCAAGGCCUAAACCCCGACACCUGCGGCGCCAGCUUCAGCUUCGGCUGCUCCUGGAGUAUGUACUACAACGGCUGCAAGUUCUCUCGCUCCAAGUUCGUCCGGAAGUUCCGCUUGAACGUCCAACCGGAGGAGAAAAUCGUCGAAGAGAAGCUCCAAAUUUUGGCGACGUAUUUGAGUCCGAUCUACCGGAGUCUGGCUCCGGUGGCGUUCCGGAACCAGUGUUUCUUUGAGGAAGGGGGGAGAGAGUGCAGAUUGGGGUUGAGGCCAGGACGGCCGUUUUCGGGCGUCACUGCGUGUCUGGAUUUUUGUGCACAUUCCCAUAAAGAUUCGCACAAUAUGGUCAAUGGGUGCACGGUUGUGGUCACGCUGACCAAACACAGAAAGGGGGAAAAGCCGGAGGAUGAGCAGUUGCACGUCUUGCCCUUGUAUGUGGUGGAGGGAACCGAUGAGUUUGACUCGCAGGGGGGGCAGGAGGAGAAGAUACGCAUGGGGAGCAUUGAAGUACUAACCAAGUUCGAGACUGAGAUCCGCUCGAGCCGAGCCCCAGCUCAAAAGCCAGAAAAACGCACCAAAGCCUCGAAAAGUAGCGUUUUCGCCACGCCACCGACCGAGCCAAGCUAUGGCUACACCAAUUCGUAUUAUGUAAAAUUGAAUCAAGCCGCGAAAAAGCUGUUCGCCAGUUACCCAAGUGAUCAUUCAAUACCUCCAGCCGACGGCUGCUACUCUUCAGGAUUCACAAAUCUGCCAUAUUACAAUCCAAUCGACAAUUAUUUUAGUACAGUAGGGAAUUUGUUAUCAUCGAAACUGAACCAAGUACAAAAAACCAGCAGCGACAAUUCGGACUGCUUCACGGAUUCGAGCGUCGGCGGCGUCGCCAUCGCCCUGGAGCACGGCAGCGUGCUCCUGGAGUGCGCCCGCCACGAGGUGCACGCCACCACCGCGCUGAAGGCGCCCAACCGCCGGAGCCCCACGCGCAUCUCCCUCGUCUUCUACCAGCACCGGAACUUGAACAAGUCGCGCCACGGAUGGGACGAGUUCGCCAAGCGCAAGUUGCAAAAGGGUCUGACGACGCUUUUCCCGAAGGUUCGGGACAUUGGUAUGCGAUUCUGAGAGAGGAUUUUUUCGUUUUUUCCCGGGACUAAAUUGAUGUUAACAGUGCCUCUAUGAUCUCAAAAGUCGAGUGUAAAUUUCCCGCAAGUACAAAUAUAGGAUUCCGUUCAACAGCCAAUCGAAUGUUCGCAUUAAUUUAUUUUAGUUAAUUUAUUGUUGAGUUUAGUGAUGAGACGACUGCCAUACUUUAAGUGCGGAUUUGGUUAUUUUAUUUUAGUGUAUCUUAGUUCAGUUGAGGAUUCGAAUUAGGGCCGUCUUUCCCCCGUCUGCUUACCGGAUGAAACUUUUUUUUAUCAAAUUUAAUAUGCAAAGGAAUUUUUCGUGAAUAAGUGUCUAAAAAAAUAUGGUCAAGACUUGAUUAAGGGUCGAAUUUUAGACAUUUUCCUGAGACAGGAAAUAAAAAAAAACAGUCCACAUUCAAUCAUACAAGAUUUUUUUAAAGACCUUUACGAUUUCGGUAAUAAUUUUCUAAAAAAUGUUGUUUACAGGACUAUUCUUUUGUGUUCAACAAAGUUAAACAAUCGUCUAAUAUUACAGGGUUAUUUAAGAUGCAUGUGUUAAUACAGCCAUUGGCAAAUUUAACUACUAACGAAAUUAAUUCAAAAUCUUCUUUAGAAAUUAAAUCUCUAAACACACCUGCCCCUAUUAAAAGAUCAACAAAAGCUGAUAUAUUUAUAAUAAUAAUAAUCAUUUUCAUCUAAAAACACAUAUGUUAUGCGUAUAAGACAAGUCAAAAAUUUUGCACAAAAAAAUUAACGUACAAAAUAAAUUCUUCAAAUGGAAAAUUCAUUAACGAAAUAAAAAUAGUUGUCAUGAAUAAAAAAAAUUCGUUUAAACAGUUUGCGUUCUAAUUUGUUUUAUUUUUUCCGGAAAUUUAUUGUAAAUGUUUAUACCAUUGUACACAGGUAGGCUUUUAAAAAUAUUUGACUUUGGUUUUUGGUGUCGAUAUUAUUAAAUUAUCAAUUAUCAAAAUUAUCAAUUUGCCAAUGUAUCAUUGCUUUUAUGCUUGCAAACUUGUUUUGGUAACAUAUUCAAUCGUUUUUUUUUAAUUUGCUUGCAGUAAUGGUUGCAGUCUAGUCUCCGACUCGAAGGAGGAAACUUCUACGGAUUGGACAGCCGUUAUAUUAAUAUUUUUGAAAUUCAUUUCAAUGAUCUAAAAUUCAGUAAUAUCUUUAACUGUUUUUCAAUGUUUGUUUAACUGAAAUAGCAAAUCCAGUUCUAGCUCAAGUUCUCAAAAAAUGCAAGGUAGUUUUUUAAAAGUAAAUUAAAAAACCUGAAAAAGUUCUUUGUAGUAUGACCUUUACUAAGUUAGAAAACGCAGAAAAUUGCAAAACUUAAUCGGAAAUACAUUACUUGUCCUUGUAAUUGUACAGAAAUUCAGUAAAUUCGAUAGAUUCGGUUGAAACUGUGGAGAAGAUUUAUUACAGUGUUUUUUGUAUGAAACUUAUUAAAUUCAACAGACUUUAAAAACAAUAACAGUAAUAAUAAUGCUUUGUUUACGAUACCAGAUCUUCAUAUUUACUUAUUUUCACCAACAUGUAACAUUUAAGUGCAUCAAUUACAAAACGUUUAAACGAAGAACAGGAACAAAUUGUGAAAAAAAUCAAGGGAAAAAACAAUACUUUUGCAAUAAAAAUUGCAUGAACAAAAAAAACAGAUGUAAAAGAGUUGAAGAUUUUUAUUGCCAAAAUGUAAUAGACAAUCAAUAAAUUAAGUUUAAUGUAUUUCAGUUAAGAACAUAAUUUUAAUUACAAAUUGACGAAAGAUUUUGCCAAGAGAAAGUGGAAAAUUGUUAAAAAAGCUUGAAGCAUAUUAUUUAUUGCGAAUUUGGAGCGUUUUUUUAAUAAAAAAAUGACUCCUCAAAAAAUUUUAAAAGGUAAUGAAAACGGGAAACAGUUUGUAAAAAAAGCGAGGAAAAAACAAUAAAAAUUACAUGAACAAAGAAAAAUUAGAUGUAAAAAAAUCAAUACAACAAAAGGAAAUUUUUAUUACAAAAAUGUAAUGAACAAUCGUUAAAUUAAGAUUGAAAUGUAUGACUUUUAAUGUAUUUAAUUUAGGAACAUAAUUUCAACUACAAUUUUACAAAUUGUGAAAGAUUUUGCCAAAAGAAUGUGUAAAAUGGAUAAAGUAGACUUGAAGCACAUUAUUUGUUGUAAAUUUCGAAGCGUUUUUAAUAAAAAGAACACCCUUCAAAAUUUUAAAUUGUACCAUCCCUUAUGUAAUAUUUCAAAUGAAUUGUAAAACUUCAUAAGCUGCUUGAAAAAUGUUAGGGAUAUUGUUUUAAUCUAUGUAGUUACACAACAGUUAAAGAAGUCAAGUUGUUCUAACAUCAAACAAAUUCUAUCAAUUUGCGAGCUUGUUAUAGAACGUAGAACAAAAAACAGAAACAAUUUGUGAAAAAAUCGAAGAAAAAAUAAAAAAAUAAAAAUUACAUGAACAAAGAAAAAUUAGAUGUAAAAAAGUCAAUGAAACAGAAGAAACUUUGAUUACAAAAAUGUAAUAAAAUUGAUAAAGUAGACUUGGAGCAAAUUAUUUGUUGUAAAUUUGGAAGCGUUUUCAAUAAAAAAUACCCUUCAAAAUUUUAAAUUGUACCACCUCUCAUGUAACACUUUAAAUGAACUGUUAAACUGCAAAAACUGCUCGAAAAAUGUUAGGGAUAUUGUUUUUAAUAUACACUGCUGUAAACAGACAAGGAGUCUAUUUAUCUAUCAAUUCUAUUAAUUUUUCUAAUAAAAACAUCAGUAAAGAUCUAUCUCUUUUUAGCUUCAUUGUUUUAAUCAGUUGAUGUUCUCUAAAAUUCAAUAAUAUCUCUAACUGUUUUUCAAUCAGUUUGUUUGAAUGAAUUAUUAAAUUCAGUUUUAGUACAAGUUCUGUAAAAUUGCAAAAUAUUUCUGAAAAUUAAAUUUAAAAACUUUAUUCUUUGUAAUAUCAACGAACAUGCACUAGAUUUUAAAACGCCUUCUUUAAUUCCUAAAUUAUCUAUUAAAUAAUAACUUUUAAAUAUAUUUAAAAAGUUUUUGUUUUUUAGAAAAACGUAUCCAUUUCUACAUCUUUUUUCUAUAAUAUUAACUGAAACUACAACAAAAAACUUCUUAAAACUCAUUAACUAUAAAAACUACUAACUUAAGAACCAAAAAAAUACGACGAAAACCAAAAAUCUGAUUAAUUAAUUUAAGAAAUGCAACCCCUCUAUUUAAUAGCUAUUUUUUUUAAUUAAAAUAAAGAUAUUUUUGCCGCUCUGAAAAAAAAUGUUACUUAAAACGGCUGUAAAACACAGGAAAAUGGUUUUUUAGGCAAUUUAUUUGAAAUGCUUUUUUUGUGUGUUAUACUUGAUAAAAAAUAAGUUUGAUCCGGUGGGCAGAUGGGUGAAGGAGGAGCCUAAUUCGUAUCUUCGACUAGUUGUAGGUAUUGUUGAGUCGCGAAAUUUUGUGAAUAAUAGAGAUCGUUUCCGUGAUUUUUGCCUUUUGUAGCCCUGCUUCACGUUAAAGAUAUAUAUUUUUGCCCACACACGUGAACAUGGUAUUGAAAAUAAUGGAGAAAUUCUAUUGUGAAAAAAUUGUAUAGGUUGAGUAGCACCUCGGUUCGAUUCCAAUUCAGGUGUGCUAACGCUGUGUGCAUUUUACGAUAUAUAGGAUUUAUUCUUUGUAGUGUUGGAAAUAUAUUUUUGACAUAAAGAAAGGAUAUUUAUAGUGUUCUUAACAUGCCUACAAAUAAAUUAUUGUAUAGUGUUAGUCAUCAGUCAACUUGAUCCUAAAAAAGAUACUUUUAUAAUUACGUUAAUGAUAAUAAAGAGAGAGAGAGAAAAAACAAAUGAUGCCAAAUAUUUUAAGCUAGUUAUUAAAAAAUUCGUAAUUUAUUAUUUAUUGAAACCUUUCUUCCAGGCCAGUAUAGGCAGCCACGGUUUUUUAUGUAAAAAUAGCAUAGUGCAUCUGUAGGGUUUUUCUCGAUUGGGAGUUCGUUAAAGGGCUUUCCGUGCAUCAAACGCUGAAAUCAUCCGAAUCUUGCCAUUUCGUAGUUUCACUCGUGCAAUAAUCUCAUCAAGUCGGUACAAUCAAGCACGGAAAGGUCGUUUAACUAAAUCAACAAUCGCCCGAAACAAUUUUUUAUUAUUACAUUGUACAUAUAUUUUUACACGUUUUUUUAGGUGAAUAUUUAUUGAAUUUUGGAGACCGAAAAGCAAUCCUAAAUACUGUACAUAUGACAAUGAGAGGGUCCUUUCAUCCUUUUAUAAUUUCGCUCAUUUGUAAAAUUGAUAAUCAUGACGAAUACCAUUAGAUGAAGCAAUAUUGAUCGAUUCAUAUCACGUGGAAGUACCCGCUCACUAAUAUGUCUUUUGAUGAAUGAACAAAAAAAAUCAUUUGUAUUUCUAGUUAUAGAUUUUUUAGUUUAGCAUUAAGAAACAAAUUAAUAUGUGUAUUGUCUUGUGAAUACAUUUAUAUAACAUAAAUGUCUUUCUUACUUAGA